AUGGCCGAGACCGACGACACCACCUCGAUCCCCGACUUCACGCUCAACCACGACCCCAACACCAUGGCUUUGACUCUCGAUGCUAUUUAUAACACUGCAGAGGACGCUGUGUCGUUCUGGGACGUCACUCGCUACGAUACCCGCAAGAGCGAGUUCCUUCUCUACUACCCGCUCGACCACGAGGGCCACAAGGACCGUCGUCCUCACUGGUGGCUACAGCGCAUCAAGCUGGAUCUCCCUCUCAACCACUAUCUCUUUUGCCUCAACAAUGUCCCCGAGGUCACUGAGCUCCGUGACGACAAGCAGUGCUGGAAGGAGUUCCUGGAUUUCCUCGUCCCCGUCCCUGUCGAAGGCCACCGGGCGUCAGCUCAGCAAAAGGAGUUUGAUCGUCUUCAGAAACUGCGUGACGAGCACAAGUCAUGGUGCUUCCUCGACAUCGUCCUGAUGCACGUCGUCUAUUCCCUGACGCUCAAGGGCAAAGGUCGCCCCACAGGUGCCCCCUCCCAAACCCCCAUCGAGAUCUUCGGCGGGCGUCAAGUCAACACGGCCGACGACAUGCAGCUCCGCAAAGCCUUUGGGAUCUUAGUGUCCUUCGCGCCCAACAUGGCAUACAUUCGUACGCAGACGAUCCCCAAGGACGCCAAUGGCAACCUUUGUCAUGUGCCCAAGAUCCUCCGUUGCUACAAGACCGACGACAACCACACGAACGAGCCCAGCCAUUGGAUGGUCGUUCGUUGCGACCGUUGCGAUGGCCCCAACCCUAUGCUGUGCUGCUUUGUCCCCACCGGCCAUAGCCGUACCGGCAAAUGUUUGCGUUGCAAGUCUCAGCCGUGCACCUUCAUUCCCAUCUCUGGCGCCGCGUUGGCCCGCAUCAACCUCGGUAAGCUGGCCGGAGCGGCGAUGCGUGACUCGGAGGAGGGCCAGAAGGAUCUCCGUCAGGCCAUGCAACAGGCUUUCAACCAGAUCGGCUAG